UAAUGUGGACUGCGAUAUAUUUCCGUCAAGAGCAUUAUGCCAAGCACAACCUCUCACUCAUCGUGAAACUCCUCGCGUAAGCCGUGCGUAAUGGUGCUACUGCUGGAAUACGCGGUGUUCGGGGCCUUGGUCGCAGCAAACUUAUCGCUGGGCCUCUACUUCUCCUUCCGGAAGAGUGGACAUACCAUUGGAGGUAGCACGACGAAGGACGAAGUAUUCCUCGGAAGUCGAGCACUCGGUAUUCUUCCUCUGGCGGCUUCGUCGGUGGCCUCCAUCUACUCAUCGCCUGCGCUGGUAGCCUUCCCGGCGCACUUCUACGCCUACGGCUGGCACACCGCGUUAGGCGCCGUGACGCCGCUGCUGUGUUUGCCUCUGGCAACACAAGUCAUCGUACCGUUGCUCCAUGGGCUACGAGUUACGUCAGUGUUCGAGUACAUUCGUUGGCGCUUCAACAGAGCCAUUUCUCUGACAGCAUGCGUCAUCUACAUUUUUCUUACGCAUCAGUGA